CCGGCUGCCCUAGCAGUAGUACAAGUUCCCAACGUGUCGCGUCUCCCUUUCGCUUCGCUCCCACUUCUCCCCCAACCCAAACCCAUCUCGCACCUCGUCUCGUCCCCAUCGUCUUCGCCACUGGACACGACCGCAAACCCUAGGCGCCGCCGCCCUCCCAGGCCCCCAGGGGUGGUAGCAAACCAGGAGGAGGAGGAGAUCGGAAGGAAAGCGGAUUUAUGUCCCAGCGAGGGGACAGGGGCGAGGGCCACGCGAGGAGACCCGCCCGCUCUACCAGCUUCGGCCAGGGACACCGCGGAGGCGGGGUCGGCGGCGCCGCGAGCAAGGGCGGCGGGGGCCCCUCUGGCGGCCAGCCUCCCCUAUCAUCGAACCGAAGCUUCGGGAAGCCCCGCAAUGGCCACGGCGGCCACCAGAGGGUCGUGAACCAGCCAGACACCACCGGCUUCCAGCCCGCACCGGCGCCAGGGCCCCUGCAGACGCCGCCGACGCAGCGCCCUCCCGUACCGCAGAGCGCGCCUGUGCACGUUCCGGCCGCCGCACCGCGGCCACAGCACCAUGAUUCUUCGUCCGCGGCUCAAGCGGCCCCCAUGCCACCCGCCACCGAGAAUCCCACCUACAUACCCAUCCCCAAAAACAUCCCUCGUGCCGCCCCCAAGGCGCCACCCAAGAAUAUACCCGCUCCUCAGGGACCACCCAAAGGAGAAUCAUCAAAGGGAUUUAACUUGCAGUUCGGCAGUAUAAACAUGAACAUGAAUGCUGUCCCGCAAUUUCCCGCUAGGACAAGCUCAGCUCCUCCAAAUUUGGAUGAGCAGAAGCGUAAUCAGGUACUUCCGGAGGUACUUAAGGCUGCACCUUCUAUACCACCACCCGUAAAACAGCCGCAUCCUCCACCACAGCAGCAGCAUCCUCCGCAGCCGCAGCAUCCUCCGCAACCGCGGCAGCAGCAUCCUCCGCAACCCCAGCAGCAGCAUCCUCCGCAACCACAGCAGCAGCAUCCUCCACAACCACAGCAGCAGCAGCCCCUUUCACAGCAACAGCAAACACGGAAGGAUGCUCUUGGCCCUAGUCAGCCUAAUGCUGUGAACACUCAUCUUCCAUCCCAAGUGAAGAGAGAUGUGCAUGUUUCUCCAUCAGUGCCGAAUGUUGCACCACCGAGACCCACUGUUCAACCUAUGCCUGGGAUGCCCAUCUCCUCGAUGCAUUUUCACCAUCAACAACCACAAGUCCCGGUACAGUUUGGUGGUCAUAAUCAGGGCGUUGUGCCUAGCUCAAUCCAGAUGUCUAUGGGAAUGCCUGGUGGCAAUGCGUCCCAGGUUCAGCAGCAUAUGUAUGUCCAAAAUAUGCAGCAACAUCAAAUGCAUCAGCAAAUGUUGCAUCAAGGACAACCUAUGAUGUUUCCGUCAGUCGGUGGUCAUCAACUCACUCCUCAGUUGGGCAAUGUUAGUUUGAACAUGGCUCCGCAGUAUCCUCAGCAACACCAGAAACAGCUUGUUGCUCCUCGCAAGAAUGUCAUCAAAAUUAUUGAUCCAAUUACUAAUAAAGAAGUGAAUCUUGGGCAGAUGGCUUCAUCUAAUGUAGCGCCACAAACCCAGCAAGUCAGUGGCUAUGCAGCUCAACCUAUGGCCUACUUUCCUCAGCAGCAGACCUCGUAUAACCAGUCAGGUAUGUAUUACCCCGGCACCACCGGUGUUGGCCAGGUUCCCGCUGGAUCACAGGCUCGGUAUAGUUAUCAGACCACUCAAGCUGGUCAAACAAUUCCUUUCGCAAACCCAUCUAUGUCAAAUGCCGCUCCUGCCAGUCACAAGGACAACAUAUCUGGUCAUGCAGCAUCUAUUCAUCCUCAGGUCGCAGGUAAAUCACAAAUUGGUUUGCACAUGGAGAAACCUGUUGCCCCGGUCAAGAUAACUGUACCGCCAGCUAAAUCUGAUCCACCUAAGUUAAGGGUGACUGAGCAUGUGGUACCACAUCAACAGAAGGAUAAUAUUGUUCUUUCUGGGACUAUGGGUUCAAAUGCUCCAGUUAGCGAGGAGAGUAAAGCACAAUCUGUCACAGAGAAGCUUUCCCAGGAGAGUAAAGCACCAUCUGUCACAGAGAAGCAUACCAGGGAGAGUAAAGCACCAUCUGUCUCAGAGAAGCAUUCCAAGGAGAGUAAAGCGCCAUCUGUCACAGAGAAGCAUCCCACUGUGGUAACUCAACCCUCACCGAUUCUAGCUACAAAACUAGAAAAUGAUACUGUGACAUAUCCUACUACAAAUUUGCCCUCAGUUUUGUCCGGAGCUGAUGGAAAGAGCAAAGAAGCCAUUCAAAAAACCGAUUCUAUUAAGGAUAACAAGAAAAACACGAGUAGAAAGGACACAAAGAUUUUGCCGCAACAACCACAGUCAGCUUCAUCUGCUGAAGAGUUCAAGGGGCAAACUUCCGUGAAGGUUGGAGAUGAUGGGGUUGAUCACACGGAAACUAAGAGCUCCAGUAGUAAAGAGUUGGAUUUAACCAGCACAGCCUCAGGCUUAACAGCUGCAACAUCUGAAAUUAGUGUUUCUCAAGUUCUUGGUCUAAGUGAAGCUGACAACCCAUCAGUAAACGUUGCCAGUGUUCCUCCCACAGAUAUCAGCUCUGCAAAAUUAUCCUCUGUGAUUACUGGGGAGCCCCAAGCAGUAGAGAGCCUAGGCGUUGCAGCUGUUGAAUCUGAAGAGAGUGGAAUAACUCCACAAAUUUCACCAGAAGUUAGUGAUGACAAAAUUUUGUCUGAUUCUACUGAAAAUGAGUCACAUGAGUGCACGGCAGACUUAGCUGAACAGGCAUCAGCGGUUCCGAAGCCUGAUAAUUCAGAUGCAGCAUCUUGUGUACCUGACUCGCAAGAGCUAGCAAAAGAGUCCACAGCAUCUAUACUAGAUGAACACAGUUUAACAAAUAGCUCACUUAAGGAUACUGAAACUUCAUCAGCUUUUGUCGAUGUCAGUGAUGUGUCUGGGGCCAAUUCUGUAACUUCAUCAGAGUCUACCAUCCCAAGUGGCAACGAUAAAGAUAACAGUAGUAUUCCGGAAACAAUAGUUUCCAGUAAUACUCCUGGCACGUUACCUGUGAAUCAAUCAGUUGCAUCUGAGGAGGAAGGGAAACAUGCAGAUGGAGUGAUGGAUCAACCAAGUGCUGAUCAAUCAAGUGCUGCACCAACAGGUUCUGUCCGACCCUUAUCAAGGGAAAAACCUACCGCGGAACUCACUCGAACAAAGUCGGCUUUCGGAAAGAAGAAAAAACGGAAGGAAAUGCUUUCCAAAGCUGAUGCUGCUGGGACUUCAGAUCUUUAUAAUGCGUACAAGGGACCAGAAGAGCAGUUAGAAGGUAUUGCCGCAGCAGAGGGUGCUGAUAGAUCGUCAAUGGUUGAUGGAACACACGUGCCACCUGAGGGAUCAGAAAGAGAGGGCAAUGUGUGUGACGAUGAUGGAAAGAAAAAGGUUGAGCCUGAUGAUUGGGAAGAUGCAGCAGACAUUUCCACUCCAAAGCUGCAAGGUUCAGGCACUGGAAACCAGGCUAGUGCCCCACAAGUGCCAGAGUCAGAUACAAAUGAAAUUAACGGCCGUAAGAAAUAUACACGUGAUUUUCUGCUCACUUUUGCAAAUCAGAUUUAUGGUCUUCCUGUUGGCAUCCGAAUGGAUGCUGCUACUAGCGCUCUGUUUAAGGAUUUGGCAGGAAAGUCCUAUGUUAUUGAUCGGGAACCUCACCAAGGUCCUGGACGGGGAUCUGAUAGACCAACAUCUCGCGGUGAUCGCCGUGGUCCUGCUAUGGAUGAUGAUAAGUGGACAACAAAAUCAGGUGUUCCUUUCAGUCCUGGUCGUGAUGCCCACAUGGACGUGAACGGUCCAGCAAUGAAUUACCGUGGUGCCCCAGGAGUCAAUCAUGGUGUUUUAAGGAAUCCGCGUGGUGUUCUUGUGGGACCAAUGCAAUCCAUUGCACCUCAAGCAGCUCGCAGUGGCUCUGAUGCAGAUAGAUGGCAGCAAAGGGGUCUGAUCCCAUCUCCUGUUACACCAAUGCAGAUAAUGCACAAAGCAGAGAAGAAGUACGUAGUUGGCAAUGUUUCUGAUGAGGAGCAGGCAAAGCAGAGGCAGCUGAAAUCAAUUCUCAAUAAACUGACCCCCCAGAACUUUGAUAAGCUGUUUGAACAAGUCAAAGAGGUGAACAUCGACAAUGUGUCAACUCUUACUGGGGUCAUUUCGCAGAUAUUUGACAAAGCUUUAAUGGAACCAACUUUCUGUGAAAUGUAUGCCAACUUCUGCUCACAUCUGGCUGUUGUUCUGCCAGACUUUAGUGAGGACAAUGAAAAAAUUACAUUCAAGAGAUUGCUGUUGAACAAAUGCCAAGAGGAGUUUGAGAGAGGCGAAAGAGAAGAAGCUGAAGCAGAUAAAACAGAGGAGGAGGGUGAAGUUAAGCAAACCAAAGAGGAAAGGGAAGAAAAAAGAGUUAAAGCUCGAAGGCGCAUGCUGGGAAACAUUAGGUUGAUUGGAGAAUUGUACAAAAAGAGGAUGUUGACAGAGCGCAUCAUGCAUGAGUGCAUCAAAAAAUUGCUGGGAAAUUAUGAGAGUCCGGACGAGGAGAACAUUGAAGCACUAUGCAAAUUGAUGAGUACAAUUGGAGAGAUGAUAGAUCAUCCGAAGGCUAAGGAACAUAUUGAUGCAUAUUUUGAUAGAAUGCGUAGCUUGUCAACUAGUCAGCUCAUAUCUUCUCGUGUUAGAUUCUUGCUGAGAGAUUCAAUCGAUCUCAGGAAGAACAAAUGGCAGCAAAGGCGUAAAGUGGAUGGCCCCAAGAAGAUUGAUGAGGUUCACAGGGAUGCAGCUCAGGAGAAACAUGCUCAGUCAAGUAGGUUAGCUCGUGGUCCAAGCAUGAAUUCUGCUCCAAGAAGAGGGGGAAUGGAGUAUAGCUCCCGUGGCUCGGCAGCACCAUUGGUAUCCCCAGGUCCUCAGCAAAGAGGCCGGGGUUUCGGUAACCAGGAUAUCCGGUUUGAUCAGGAUAGGCAUCACGACAAUAGAACUGUUCCUCUUCCUCAGCGUACUGUCAAGGACGAAACCAUCACUCUUGGACCACAAGGUGGCCUGGCUAGGGGCAUGUCUUUAAGAGGGCAGCCACCGGUAUCAAAUGCUGAGCCUCCUAGUGUUCUUGACCAUCGCAGGAUGGUAACCAGUCCUAAUGGGUAUAAUUCAGUGGCUUUGACCGGAAGAGAGGACACUAGCUCGAGAAUUCCAGAUCGAACCUCUGGGAGGAUAGCACCUGCUACACCGUCUGCUGGUUCUUCAAACAGACCUGCCAGCCAGGAUGGCCGCUCUGGAAAUAAAUCAUACUCCGAGGAGGAUCUGAGAGAGAAAUCUAUUGCAGCCAUCCGGGAAUAUUAUAGCGCGAAAGAUGAAAAGGAGGUUGCAUUGUGUAUUGAAGAAUUGAAUGCUCCGAGCUUCUAUCCUUCUGUGGUAUCGCUUUGGGUAAAUGAUUCCUUUGAGAGAAAAGAUGUGGAAAGAGAGUUGUUGGCAAAGCUCUUUGUUGGCCUUUUCAAUGGUGGAUAUAAUUUAUUGAGCAAGCCUCAACUCAUUGAGGGCCUCUCGUCUGUUCUUGCUUCAUUGGAAGACGCCCUAAGUGAUUCUCCAAGGGCAUCGGAGUAUCUUGGACGGCUUUUUGCAAGGUUUGUGCUGGAAAACAUAUUGCUUUUGCAAGACGUAGGUAGAUUGAUUGAAGAAGGUGGCGAGGAACCAGGAUACCUUGUACGUGAAGGCAUUGCAGCUGAAGUCCUUGGGGCAGUUCUAGAGUCCAUCAGAAUAGAGAAGGGGGAUUCGUUCGUGAAGGAGGCCAAGAUAGGCUCCAAUCUCAAGUUGGAGAAUUUCAGACCACAGCAUCUAAAGAGAUCAAAGCUGGAUGCCUUCAUGCAGACAUAAGCUUUUCUACUAGCUUAACAAUUUAUGGGUGUUGUCGCCAAGGAGUCCAUGUCUUUGCACCCAGCCGCCUUUUUGAUCGAACAACUGCAAAUACUGCCAUCAGAUGCUUGCCCCAAGCUGCUACACAACUAUUGUAUUCGAGCUCGUCCUGUGGAGAUGAUGUAUUCCAUUCUGUUCAGACUUGUUACUGGUGGUAAAUCAUUGUUGCGGAUGGGCACUGGCAGCCAUUGCUGACGCAGGUAGCUGGGUGCCAUUUCGAGUUGGCUCCUAAUGAGUCUGAGGAAUAUUUUUGUGAUCACGAGGGUAGAGGUCAGAUAACUGAUAUUUAUCGGGAGUAGGAGGAAAUAGUAGGCCCGAAUUUAUGCCUCCCGCCGCUUCUGACCAAUAUUCUUUUGUGAUUAGACUUAAUAGUUGGUUAACUUGGCGGCAUUUUCCUCAUAGCCAGACUCUCCUACUGUGAAUUUUGUUUAUAUUCCUGUAAGUUAUUUGUGUCCCUUGCGCCCUA